ACCAAAAACACUUUCCAAUACAAAAAUAGGAAGAAAAAAAAACCAACACAUUAAACACCCACUAUCACAUAAAAAAAACCCAUCUCCAUGCUUCCUCUUUUCAUCUAGCUUCUUUUCUGGUAUCAACCAAAUUUAGGGUUUUCUUUCAAAUUUGGUAUAUUUUUCAUCUAUUUGGUUUCUAGGACUAUAUAUAGUAAUUUCUCUCCCUCACUUUCCUCUUUCCAUUUUUAGUAAUAUAAGAAAAAAGAGAGGGAAAAAAAAAGAGAGAGAGAGAGGGAGAGAAAAAAAAAAAAUAAUGGGAAGGGGUAAGGUUCAGCUGAAGCGGAUCGAGAACAAGAUAAGCAGGCAAGUAACAUUCUCGAAGAGAAGGGCCGGAUUGCUCAAGAAAGCUCAUGAGAUCUCAGUUCUAUGCGAUGCUGACGUGGCACUUAUUGUCUUCUCCACCAAAGGGAAGCUCUUUGAGUAUUCUAGUGAUUCCAGCAUGGAGAGCAUCCUGGAGCGAUAUGACCAGUAUUCGUAUGCAGAACAGCAACUCCCAACUGAUUCCGAACCACAGGGAAGCUGCUGGUCUCUGGAAUAUCCCAAGCUUCUAGCAAGGAUUGAAGUCUUGCAAAGGAAACUAAGGCAUUUUACUGGAGAAGAUUUAGACUCCUUAAGCUUGAGAGAGCUUCAAAAUUUGGAGCUACAGCUUGAGACAGCACUUAAGCGCAUACGAACAAGAAAGAACCAACUGAUGCACGAAUCCAUUUCAGAGCUGCACAAAAAGCAAAAGGCACUGCAGGAGCAAAACAACUCGCUAGCAAAGAAGCUGAAGCUGAAGGAGAAUGAAAAUAUGCUGGAGGUAGAGCAUGAUGGUCAGGGGCGGCAGGUACAGCAGCACCAAAGUAACCAAGCCGCCCACAACUCAUCCACCCUCCUGCUAAUGCCGCCGCCGCCGCCCCAACCCCCGUCAACACCGGCACUACUUGCUUCUCUAACCAUUGGUGGGGGAAUCCAGGCAAGAGGAGGGAUGGAAGAUGGUGAUGAUAAUGACGGAAGAACUCAAACUCGGCCGCCUACUACUACUAACACACUCAUGCCAAAGUGGAUGUAUCGCCAUUUCAACGAAUAAUGGGCUUGCUGGCCGGCCGGCUAUUCUCAAAUAAAAUUCUAAUGUUUUUGGUUGUGGAGGUCGAACAAGAUACAUCGAUCACUAAUCAACAUUCAAUUUACCUCUACUGUAAAGUUUUAUUAUUAUAAAGAAUAAAAACAACAAUGUUUCUUCAAACUUGUAAUAUUCUAAAUUCUAAUCAUAUUGGAAGAAAAUUUGACA